AUGCAUACUUCUGCCCCUUGCAAUAUCUGUGGGAAAGGACCUCUUCUGCUGCGUAACCUGUACAGACAUAUGCGAGACGUCCACAUGUGCUCUGAUGAGGAAGUAAAUAACGUUAAGAACGCAGUAAAGAGGGCCAUUCAUGCGGAAGAGUUUAAUUGUGAGGACUGCGGAAGAACAUUCUUCAAAUACAGUGCAUUCAGGAAACAUAGGAAGAAUGUUCACCGAAGAUGCUGCCACAACAUCACGAGCAAGCGGAGCAGACUCUUGCAUAAGCUAUUCCGUCCAAUGUCCAGGUUGCGACCAAACAUUCUACAGCAACUCGGACUUGGCGAAGCAUUGUGA